GUAACGGUCGCUGGUGAGUUUAAAUGAGCCGGGGUUGGCCGGGCCGGAGCCGCUACGGGGGGGGCCUGAGACACUGCCGAAAGUGGGCCUGAGCCUCAAGGAUGACGGUGCUGCAGGAACCCGUCCAGGCUGCUAUAUGGCAAGCACUUAACCACUAUGCAUACCGCGAUGCAGUUUUCCUGGCAGAAAGACUGUAUGCAGAAGUGCACUCCGAAGAAGCCUUGUUUCUAUUGGCAACCUGUUACUACCGCUCAGGAAAGGCAUAUAAAGCAUAUAGACUCUUGAAAGGACACAGUUGUACUACACCACAGUGUAAAUACCUGCUUGCCAAGUGCUGUGUUGAUCUCAGCAAACUUGCAGAAGGGGAACAGAUCUUAUCUGGUGGAGUGUUAAAUAAACAGAAAAGCCAUGAUGAUAUCGUUACCGAGUUUGGUGAUUCAGCUUGCUUUACUCUUUCAUUGUUGGGACAUGUAUAUUGCAAGACAGAUCGGCUUGCCAAAGGAUCAGAAUGUUACCAAAAGAGCCUUAGUUUAAAUCCUUUCCUCUGGUCCCCCUUUGAAUCAUUAUGUGAAAUAGGUGAAAAGCCAGAUCCUGACCAAACAUUUAAAUUAACAUCUUUACAGAACUUUAGCAACUGUCUACCCAACUCCUGUACCACACUAGUAUCUAAUCAUAGUUUAUCUCACAGACAGCCUGAGACUGUUCUGACAGAAACACCCCAAGACACAAUUGAAUUAAACAGACUGAAUUUAGAAUCUUCCAAUCCCAAGUACUCCUUGAACACAGAUUCCUCCGUGUCUUAUAUUGAUUCCGCUGUCAUUUCACCAGACACUGUCCCUCUUGGAACAGGAACUUCUAUAUUAUCUAAACAGGUUCAAAAUAAACCAAAAACUGGUCGGAGUUUACUAGGAGGACCAGCUGCUCUUAGCCCAUUAACCCCAAGUUUUGGGAUUUUGCCAUUAGAAACCCCAAGUCCUGGAGAUGGAUCCUAUUUACAAAACUACACUAAUACAACUUCUGUAAUUGAUGUGCCAUCCACCGGAGCUCCUUCCAAAAAGUCUGUUGCCAGAAUCGGCCAAACUGGAACAAAAUCUGUCUUCUCACAGAGUGGAAAUAGUCGAGAGGUAACUCCAAUUCUUGUCGCACAAACACAAAGUUCUGGCCCACAAACAAGUACAACACCUCAGGUACUGAGCCCCACUAUCACAUCUCCCCCAAACGCACUGCCUCGAAGAAGUUCACGGCUUUUUACUAGUGACAGCUCCACAACCAAGGAGAAUAGUAAAAAAUUAAAAAUGAAGUUUCCACCUAAAAUCCCAAAUAGAAAGACGAAAAGUAAGACUAAUAAAGGAGGACUUACUCAGCCUAACAUCAAUGAUAGCCUGGAAAUCACAAAAUUGGACUCUUCCAUCAUUUCAGAAGGGAGGAUGCCCACGAUCACGCCCCAGAUCCAGGCUCUCACUCUACAGAGAGCAGCAGCAGAAGGUUUGAUGAGCCUUCUUCGUGAAAUGGGGAAAGGUUAUCUAGCUUUGUGUUCGUACAACUGCAAAGAAGCUAUACAUAUACUGAGCCACCUACCUUCUCACCACUACAAUACGGGUUGGGUACUGUGCCAAAUUGGAAGGGCCUAUUUUGAACUUUCAGAGUACAUGCAAGCUGAAAGAAUAUUCUCAGAGGUUAGAAGGAUUGAGAAUUACAGAGUUGAAGGCAUGGAGAUCUACUCUACAACACUUUGGCAUCUUCAAAAAGAUGUUGCUCUUUCAGUUCUUUCUAAAGAUUUAACAGACAUGGAUAAAAAUUCACCAGAGGCCUGGUGUGCUGCAGGGAACUGUUUCAGUUUGCAACGAGAACAUGAUAUUGCAAUUAAGUUCUUCCAGAGAGCUAUUCAGGUGGAUCCAAAUUAUGCCUAUGCCUAUACUCUAUUAGGCCAUGAGUUUGUGUUGACUGAAGAGCUAGACAAAGCAUUAGCUUGUUUUCGAAAUGCUAUCAGAGUCAAUCCUAGACAUUAUAAUGCAUGGUAUGGUUUGGGAAUGAUUUAUUACAAGCAAGAAAAAUUCAGCCUUGCAGAAAUGCAUUUCCAGAAAGCCCUUGAUAUCAACCCUCAAAGUUCAGUUUUACUUUGCCACAUUGGAGUGGUUCAACAUGCACUGAAAAAAUCUGAAAAGGCUUUGGAUACCCUGAACAAAGCCAUUAUUAUUGACCCUAAGAACCCUCUAUGCAAAUUUCACAGAGCCUCCGUUUUAUUUGCAAAUGAAAAAUAUAAGUCUGCUUUACAAGAACUUGAAGAAUUGAAACAAAUUGUUCCCAAAGAAUCCCUCGUUUACUUCUUAAUAGGAAAGGUUUACAAGAAGUUAGGUCAAACGCACCUCGCCCUGAUGAAUUUCUCUUGGGCUAUGGAUUUAGAUCCUAAAGGAGCCAAUAACCAGAUUAAAGAGGCAAUUGAUAAGCGCUACCUUCCAGAUGAUGAGGAGCCAAUAACUCAAGAAGAACAGAUCAUGGGAACCGAUGAGUCCCAGGAGAGCAGCAUGACCGAUGCGGAUGACACACAACUUCACGCAGCUGAAAGUGAUGAAUUUUAACUUCUGGAAACCAGACUUUUGCAAGUGGAUGUGACUAGUGCUGCCACGUUUCUUGUCCCUCCAUACACCGGGUCUUCACUCUCAAGCUGGCGGCGUCACCAUCUAUCACUUACACCAGGAGUGUACCACUGUCAUCGGACCCUGACUGCUCCCAGAAUGACAGGCAGUGCAACGUUUGCUGCUGACGAGACCGGCCCUUUCACCAGUGUGAAUGACAAUUUAGGGGAUGGGUGGGAGACUUUCUUUCCUUAUUUCCUUUAAGCUCCCAUUUGUUGGCAAGCUAUCGUGGAAGGAAGCGUUGUGUUUUAUCUUGAAAGAACCAUUAGAUAGGGAAAAUAGUGAUGAUCCUGCAUUUCUUGGCCUUUUUUUUCCCCCCCGAAAAGAAAAACUGUUUUUACUUGGUUCUGUUCUUGAUAAACAGAGUGACUGAACUUCAUUUCAAGGUUCUUGGAGAAUGGUGUUAGCAAGUGCCAGAUGGAACAAUAAAAGACAUUGCCUAUAACAGAGUAACUUGAUUGCCAAGGAAUAUAAACUACCUUAAAUUUGCAGUGUCUCCUAUAAAAAUGAGUGUCAUGGGCACAGUGGGGCACAUGUGUAAGGAAUCUGAUAUCCUUCCAUACACAGUGUACACCUGUUCUUGGCAAGAAUGCUUUAAUGUCGAACCAAGAAUUUAAUUUAUUCAUCUUGCUUCAAAGUGUUGAUCAUUGUCUUGGUAUUGAAAACUUUAAAGUUGGUCCUUACCAUAUUGUCUCUUCUCUUUGAGCUCUAUCAGAUGACCUUUGACAUUCAGAGCUGAUAGAGCGGUUGCCCACUGAAGAGCCAAAAUGGGGCCUUUGAUAAAGCAUUUAGGUUCACAUAAGAAUCAGUGUGAGAACGCUGACGUGGGGAGAGACUGAGAGAUCAUGACAGCGAAAGCCUUAAUACAAUCAUAAUUGCACCCUAACUUGAAUCUGUGUUUGUUCAAGACAGUAUCCCUUUGACUUUCCUAAGUGUUUGCAGGGUGCAGGAAUGUGCAUUUACCUUUCGUUAAGGUUGUAUCCAUUCUCUGCAGCGCUCUGCUGUUGAUUCUUGUCAGUAGUGUGGGCCACCAAAACGUUGACUAAGAGUGAUGGGGUUUAGCAUAUUGGAAAUAUGUAGUAGU